ACGAGCAUCAUUUUUUUUUCAUUUUCAUUUGAUAAUUGUCAUUUUUUCCUGAACAAAAAAAAUCUGUGAACCCAAUUUAAUUUGUGUAAUCUAUCGUCAUAUUGAUUGAAUCAAUAUUUGAUCGUUGCUACCAAAUGAAGAUGCAUACGUUUGGCGAAAAGCCUACUGCAUUCCAAUUGGAAGCAGGAGGUGAUUAUUAUUAUAUUGGUUCCGAGGUUGGAAAUUAUCUUCGAAUGUUUCGUGGUUCAUUAUAUAAAAAAUUUCCAUCAUUAUGGCGUCGUUUAGUAACCGUUGAUGAACGUAAACGUAUCAAUCAAUUGGGUCUUGGUGCUCAUUCAUUAGCAACGAAUAUCACAUUAUUGAAAGCAACUGAAGUGGAUGAAAUAUUUGCCGGUAAUGAUGAAAAAUAUAAAGCUGUAUCAAUUAGUACAGAACCAUCGGUACAACGUGAAUCGAAACAAAAACGACCAAAUUGGGCACCAUCAUUACCAAAUACCUCACAUCAUUUGGAUGCUGUACCUUGUUCAACAUCGAUUGCACGUAAUCGUAUCGGUCAUAAACGUGUUCGUACAUUUCCAUUAUUAUAUGAUGAUUUGGAUUCAUCACUUGUACAUGAAAAUUCCUUACAACAAGAAGUAUUGAUACCAAUUCGUUUGGAUAUGGAAAUUGAUGGACAUAAACUUCGAGAUACAUUUACUUGGAAUAAAAAUGAAAAAACUACAAGUCCAGAACAAUUUGCCGAAGUAUUAUGCGAUGAUCUGGAUCUACCAUCAUCAUCAUUCAUACCGGCAAUCGCUCAAUCCAUACGGCAACAAAUUGAUGCUUUCCCAAAUGAAACAUUCAUGGAAGAUGCUCCACCGGAUCAACGUGUCGUACUUAAACUCAAUAUACAUGUUGGUAACAUUUCAUUAGUCGAUCAAUUUGAAUGGGACAUGUCAGAAAAGGCAAACGAUCCAGAAGAGUUUGCAUUGAAAUUAUGUGCCGAAUUAGGUUUAGGUGGUGAAUUUGUAACAGCCAUUGCAUACAGUAUUCGUGGACAAUUAGCCUGGUAUCAACGGACCUAUGCAUUCAGUGAGAAUCCCUUACCAACCGUUGAUCUACCAUUUCGAAAUCCAGGUGAUGCUGAUCAAUGGUGUCCAUUCCUAGAAACAUUAACCGAUGCUGAAAUGGAGAAAAAGAUUCGUGAUCAGGAUCGUAAUACUCGUCGUAUGAGACGAUUAGCCAAUACAACUUGGUAAUCAAUCGAUUGUUUUGUGUUUUUUUUCACAAAACAAGUAUACCAUUUAUCAAACAACACACACACACGCAUAUUGUACUAAUAGUCACUAUUCUCACUCAUAUUUUCGAAAUUGAGCAUUUUUAAUUCCAUUAUAAAUUGAAAUUAUUGAGAUUAAAAAGUAAAUUUUUGAAUUAAA